AUGGCCUACAAGCAAUGGAUCGGUCUCAAGAUUCGAAGUCGCCUGCGCAAGGGUGAAAUCCGAGUCAAGGAGGCCAAGCUCGAAUCUGGCAAAUUCUAUCGGGGUAGCAAAGACAACGAGAUCAGCCCCAGCGAGGUCGACAAGACCGUCAUUCCGCCCCAGGGGCAGACCCUCGUAUCUUCGUGCGGGCGGUCGGACGCGGCCAUCGGCACUGAGGGAUAUCUGACCCUUUACGAGUGGGACGGUGAGCACGAGACAAAGAUCUGCCGGGUAUACUGGAGCGCACCGUGGGGUGCGUACCCGAACGUCUUCGACAUCCUGGACUGGGAUCCCAACACGUCUGAUUACUCCAUUUCGAAAGACGAGGUGCAGCAGGACUCGACAAUUGGAAAUGUCGAGCUUGUGAUUGCCAAGAUAGCGUGA